AUGGAUUUAAAGAAUCAGACUGUUGUCACUGAAUUCUGGUUUGUUGGAUUCCAGAAUGUUCCUUAUCUCAAGAUUCCCCUUUUUAUUCUCUUCUUGGUGAUUUACAUUUCCAUAUUGUCUGGCAAUCUGCUUAUCAUUUUAUUAGUGUCUGUUGGCCAUAAUCUCAGUUCUCCCAUGUAUUACUUUCUGGCUAAUUUAUCAUUGUCUGACAUUAUUUUCACGACCAUGAUUAUACCUAAUAUUUUAUCCAUGCUUCUGAAACAGAGAGAGAGGAUAACGUUUAUGGGAUGUAUCACACAACUUCAUUUCUUUGGAUCCUCUGUUGUAUCGCAGAGCUUUAUCUUGACCGUGAUGUCUUACGACCGCUAUUUGGCUAUUUCCAAUCCUUUGCGUUAUAUCACCAUAAUGAAUGGCAAGCUCUGUAUUCAGUUGGUCACUGGGUCUUGGCUGUUGGCUUGUCUUUUUACCAUGAGUAUUGCCAUUCAACUUAGCCAGUUGCAAUUUUGUGGUAACAAUGUCAUUGACCAUUUUUUCUGUGACACUGUCCCACUGACAAAACUGUCAUGCUCGGAUAUCUCUUCCAUUAAGCUACAAGAACUGAUUUUGGGGGGACCUGUGACAUUUUUUCCCAUGGCUUUUGUUGUAGGAACAUAUGUCUGCAUCUUCAUCACUAUUCUCAAGAUUUCCACGACCACUGGAAGACAAAAAGCCUUUUUCACCUGCAGCUCUCACCUUACUGUGGUCUGCAUAUACUAUGGGACACAGAUUGCUCUGUAUAUGGUACCAGAGAAUAAUGGCUUAAAUAAUGUUACCAAAGUUCAAACUCUUCUAUAUAUUACACUCACUCCUUUGUUAAAUCCUAUCAUAUAUAGUCUGAGAAAUAAUGAGAUGAGAGUAGCAUUUACCAAGUUGUUCGGUGUAGGACAAAAGUGGUAA